CGCCAUCACCGGCGUCAUGGGAUCUCCUGUUGCCAGAUCUGUGGUCCGCAGAGGCGAUGUGGAUGGCUGGACUGCAACUACCUCAUCAGAAAACUGGCAGCCCACCGCAACGGCAUCUGUCUCGUGGUCUGACGACGGCUGGAAAGAUUUUAAAUCAUCAACUACCUCGCCGUCUGUCAGUAUAGUCGCUGUACUGACUGCUUCCGCAACUUCUUCCACGGCCACUACAACCAUCACACCCGUGCUUGUACCGGUGAUUACCAAAUCUUCCCCUGAAUUUAUUGACAGCACACCUGAGGAAGAACUCCCUCCCAUGCAAACCAUUGAGCCAUGGCCCAUCGAGGACGAUGUUCCUGUUCCUGUGGAGCCGCCUGUCACUCCACCGGUGGUACCUGUUAUCCCUCCGAUCCCGCCGAUUAUCCCAAUUAUCCCAGACCCUUCCAGUGUUCUGGCCGGAGUCAAUCUUAUCAAGAAUCUCGAAGAAGGAGUCGAGCAUGCUACGAAAUGGCUUUGGGAUCUCACUCAGGAAGAUGAUGGUCACCGCGAUAACAAGAAGAUCGAAGAAGCCAAGAAGAAGGUCGAAGAAGCCAAGGAGAAAUUGAACAAGGCCAAAAAAGAGGAAGAGCAUAAGAAUGCCGAAGAGAAGAUCUCCUCAGACAAGAAGCUCAAAGAAGAACAUGAACAAAAGGAGAAACAACAAGCCAAAGAAGCACGCCUCAAGAAGAUCGAACAAGAGAAACUCGCAAAAGAGGCCGAAAGGGACAGAAUCAAGAAACUCGAAGCCAAGAAAAACAGGCAAGAAAAGAAACUCCUUGAAGAUGCUCCUGCGCCCAGCUUAAAGGCGUCUCCGACUCCCACAACAUCCUCCAAAUCCGCUCAACCAACAAUCCACCACAACAAAGGUGAAGCAAGUAUAAGCUUCCACGGCGAACACCACCACAAAUUCCAACUCUACGGCAAAGACUGGGCAAGAGGAAAACACGACGCUACCAAAUUGCACAAAUCCCUCCAAAGCUGUGGUGUCAAGAUCAAAGAUUGGAACUUCCAAUACGCAAAUGACAAAAAGGAGAUCAAAAAGCAAGAUUGGACAUUCUACGCCCAAGGAGAGUUCAACCAUAAAACUCUUUCCGAUGUGCUGUGUUUGAACAAAGCCAUCCACGCAGCUAAUGGACCGGAACAUCUCAUCUCUGUGACUUCUGAGCUCGACGAGGAUAGAUCAUCUCCCUCUGCCUCUUCAUCUGGCAAGCAAAAUGAAGCAGUAUCUUCUACCACCACAACGCCAUCGGCACAACUUUCCUUCGACGGUAAGAAAUUCACUUUUUUCGGUAAAGGGUUUGUGAAGGAUGAGAAGAGUGGCAGGGAACUACAAAAGAAGUUUGGAGAAUGUUCCAAAACAAAGGAGUGGAAGUUUUAUACGCAGGAGAAGGAUCAUGGGAUGAAGUUGAAGGAGCAAGGGUGGGACUUUUAUGCUGAAGGUAGUGUCAAGAAGGUCAAGAAGGAUUGUUUGAAUAGGGUUAUUCAGGGGUUGGGUGGGCCUGUUGGGGUUGUUCAGGGGUGAAAUGUCAAUGAGGGUGGUGGAGUGUGAGGUAUUAGGACAUUCGAAAUUCGAAGUUUGAAGAGACCUAUUGAGAAGGAAUGUAUGGCGAGAGAACCACUUUUACCAAGUGGAUAACUGGUAGAAGCUUCAAGAUACCGUUGACAUGAAUCAAACACAGUUCGGGUGAAACCCC